AUGGCUCCUCCUCCUCCCGCGACUCUACCUCUGGUGGAGAGACUGAAGGCUUUGGCGCAGACCUUGCAAUUCGCUUGGUUUGUUGGACAUGUGACACUGUUGCUCUCGGUCCUCCGCUACAGCUUGUCCUGCGUUUUCUUCAACUACUACUCUUCCUCGGCCCAAUUCGCUUACCGUUUAACCUUCGUCUCUGCGGCUGUCACUUAUGGAAUCGUCGUCUACAAGGGCCACUUCGCCCGUGGUGUCCAGGGCAGCCCUCUUUCUAUCGUCGUGAAGCUCGUCUCUGACGAGAAUGUGCAAUACCUUGGAAUGGCUCUCGUUUGGCUGUACUCUCGCCAGCUCAUCCUGGCUCUUCUGCCUUUCAGCGUUUACUCGGUCUUCCACGUCGCAACCUACAGCCGCAUGUACCUGAUCCCCACUCUGCAGCCGACCGCGCCCACUGCUACUCCGGCCUCUCCCACUUCCCCAUCCUCCAAGCCCGCUGCCAAGCAGUCCCCUCUGGCUGAGACCAUCGGACGCUUCAUCAAGCAGUACUACGAUGCCAGCAUGGGAGUGGUUGCCACUCUGGAGAUUGCGCUGCUGCUCCGCCUCGUCCUGUCCGCUAUCACCUUCUCCAAGGGCAGCUGGGUGCUCUUGAUUGUCUACCUGGCCUUCUUCCGUGCCCGCUUCGCUCAGAGCUCCUUCGUCCAGCAGGCUGUUCGUCAGCUGACCGCCCGCGCCGAUGCCUCUCUCUCCCACCAGGGCACACCCCCUCAGGUUCGCCAGGGCUGGGAGACCUUCAAGGGCGUUGUGCGCCAGGGUUACGAGGCCACUGACAUUGGUCGUUACGUGUCCGGCUCUACUGCUGCCAAGAAGCCCCAGUAA